AUGGUCACCCAGCUAAAGAAAAGUUUUCCCAAUCUUUCUGCUGCUAGCCAAAUCACCGCGCUGAAAACAGCACGCAUUUCGAGACAGCAGGACCGCCGCGGCUCCACGGCCAGCCCACUGUUCACAGGCCGCCGCAAACCGUUUUCAUCAGGAGCCUGCACCCCGCAAAGCCCCCGAAAACCGACCAAGGCCAAGACGGCAAGGGCGGCGCGGCCGCAACCGAGGGCCGGUGGCGUCGGGAGCCGCGACUGGGAACGCGGACGCGCGCGGCUUCGCCACCAGCUCGCUGCCCCUGAAGCGGCGCCGCCGCGAGCACGGCUGCCGGCGCCGCCCCACACUCCGCCUAGGGAGGGCGAGGCCGAGACUCCAGCCCGCGCGGGCGCCCGACACAGAGCCCGGCGCCCCGGGCCCGCGGCCGACCCCCGCCGGCGCCCGCCCCGAGGACGCCGAGGCCCGGACAACUGCGCCCGGCAGGCCGCGGCCGCCAGUCGUCGGCGCGAGAGCCGAGGGCCCGCGGGGGGCUGGGCGAGGCCUCCAGCCCCCCUCGAGGAACGCGAGAGCCGAGGCGAGGGCCCCGCUCCUCCUCCGCGGGGCCCUCCAGGCCGGAGCAGGCCGAGCCGAGGACGCGACGGCGGGAGGCCCGGCCCUCGAACCCGCCUCGCCGGGGCAGCCCGCGGGUCGCGGCCGCGCAGGACUCACCUGGGAGCUGGCGCCGGAGGGCCGCAGGCCGGCCCCACUCCUCAGCGACGGCCCUCUGAGACCGGCGCCCGGAGCCCCGAGACCCGUCCUGCCCGUGGUGCGCAGGCGCUCCCUGGCGGCGGGGCGGGCGCGUGCAGGCGACCGGCGGCCGCCCCCGUGUUCCCUGAGCCGGCGGCGGACCAGCUGCAGAGCAUCCCGAGGGGCCUGGAUGCAUCGGAGGAAGCCACGCAGAGGGAGGCCCUGUUGCCCAAGAGCAGGUGUGAGAAGCUCCACGUGGAGCACCUGAAAGUGGGGGAAGGUCGUGGGCGGCUUUGCGGGGACAGUGUGCCAGGCGAUAGAGGAGGCUCAGGAAGAGAAGGAACUGGACAGAGCCAAAAUCCAGAAGGUUCCGAACGGAAAAGAUGCACUACUGCAGAACUGGACUCCGGGGAAGAAUCUUCCUCUGACCCCUUCAAGUGGUUUGAGAAACAGGAGGCAGAGAGGGAAGACUCUGGCCCUCCAGGCGAGCCUGAGCGAGGAGAAGAUGCAUCCACCCUCUGCAGAGGACUGAAGAAAACAAGGACUGACCAGAAUCUGUAA